UAACUGGAGACACGGGUGAGAAAGGAGAACCUGGAAUAGCUGGACCUCGUGGACUACAGGGUUUGGAUGGGUAUGAUAACAAUGGAAGGCUUGGAUCAAAAGGACAAAAGGGAGUACAGGGACCCCCUGGUUAUCCUGGUGUGCAGGGAGUAGAUGGUUUCCUUGGCAUCAAUGGCAGAAGAGGACCUAAAGGAAUAAGAGGACGGAGGGGAGACUCUGGCCUUACUGGUGAUCGAGGAAAUCCGGGAGAAGCAGGACCUCCAGGAAUAGGGGGUUUCAAAGGGCCACCGGGGAUCACACCUAUGAAACCAUGUGAACUUGUGACAUAUUUUAGAGAAAAAUGUCCCUGUUGUUCAUCAGGAAGAACAGAAUGCCCUGUGUAUCCCACUGAGGUGGUGUUCGCUGUAGACAUGUCUGCAGAUGUCACACAAGCCAUAUUUAAUAGAAUGAAGACUAUGGUCAUUAAUUUUGUGCAGGAUCUUAAAAUCACUGAAAGUAACUGCCCAACAGGAGCCCGUGUGGCGAUUCUUACUUACAGUUCCACGGCAAAAACAUUCAUCCGAUUCUCAGACUUCAGAAGCAAGCAAAAGCUUCUAGAAGGACUACAGAAUCUAGCUUACGAGAGAUCAAACAGCAGGCGGAAUGUAGGGACUGCAAUGAGGUUUGCUGCAAAAAAUACUUUCAAGCGUGUCCGCCAUGGUGUUCUAGGCAGAAAAGUGGCAAUAUUUAUUACUAACGGUCCAUCUCGUGAAAUAUCAGAGGUUACGACUGCUGCUUUGGAGUUCAGUGCCUUGGAUAUCACACCAGUUGUCAUUUCUUUUGCUAAUGUCCCCGAAAUUCAGCGUGCCUUUGAGAUUGACGAAACAAGAAUGUUUCAGGUGGUUGUGCUGUCAAGACAACGGCAAGAAGCACAAGAACAGUUACGCAAAGUCCGGUUAUGUACUUUCUGUUUUGACACAUGUGAACCAAAUGCCCAGUGCCAACAGGCCAUCUCUCCAUCUCCAAUCCCAAUCAACAUGGACGUAGCUUUUGUUGUUGAUGGCUCACGCAAUCUGAAAAUGAUGGACUUUGAGAGAAUAAAGGACUUCCUCAGCUCAAUGCUUGACACGUUUAUAAUCUCAAGAAGCCCGAAGACCUCGGAUAAUCGUGCCAGGGUAGCCCUCGUGCAGUAUUCGCCACCAGGUUACCUGCCCAGAUCUGGCCAGAUGCCAGUCAACCUGGAGUUUGGCUUCUUGAGCUAUGGCACCAAAAGCUUGAUGAAGAGACAUAUAGAGAAUUCCUUUAAAAAGUUAGAAGGCUCUUCAUGGACUGGCCAUGCUAUUGAAUGGACCCUCAAUAACGUUUUCUUAAGCGCUCCAAAUCCACGACGACAUAAAGUGAUAUUUUUAAUACUUGCAGGAGAAACCAAUGCCUUUGACACAGAGAAGCUAAGGGCUGUGUCAUUACAAGCUAAGUGUAAAGGUUUUGUGAUCUUCGCAUUCUUCCUUGGAAAGGAUGUCACCAGAACCAAUCUGCAGGAGCUUGUGAGUGCUCCUUCUGAUCAACAUUUAGUUCACCUGGAUCAUAUAUUGAAUCAUGAAAUGACAUAUGUCCAAAGGUUUGCACGAGCCUUUCUGAAAAGUCUCACACUUAGAAUCAACAGGUACCCAUAUCCAGCUUUGCAGAGAGAAUGUCAGAGAGCAGCAUUAGUUCGAUCUAGGCCAGAAGAAACACCACAAUCUUUAGAAGGAGCUGCAAGUGUAGGGGGACCAGAAACCAUACAAAUUGUAGAGGAGGAAGACUUUGAAGAAGAGAUGGAAUUCCCAGAAGGAGCAAAAGCUGAGAGUACAACAGACAUGAUUUAUG